GGGUGAACAGUUUUUGUUUGAAGGAUUUAUUUCUGUUCAUGUACUUUUUUUUUUUUUUACCUUUUUAACAGCAUAAACAUUGCAUGUUGUUCAUCAUCUUGACCUUUUAGUCAUGACAUCUUCAUCAUGUAAAUAACGUAAAGGUCCAGGGGAUGAACCAUCAGGACAGGAGAAAACAAACAACUAAAAGGCUUUACAACCCUGCCCACUUAUGUUAUCAAAUAGGUCAAGUUAGUGAAUUUCAGGAGUGAAAGACACUCGUGUCCAAAUACUUGACUCUGGUUCAUUCAACUAAAAAAGCUCCACUUCUCAGCGAUGGCAGUCCCAGUCACCAGGACAUUUUCUCUGUUAAGUGUGAUAUCACUUGGCAUUAUUCUUUUUUUUCUAUCAUGGGAAGGUUCAGAAACAAACUUCAGCUGGACAAGUUUGUCAGGGAACUGGACUCCACGUCCUGCCGUAUUAAUCCCACCACCCAUGAAAGCUUCUACAAAUGCACCUGCAGCUGAGACGCCAAUGCCCGUCCUCUCCAAGAAAUCCUUCAAGAAGCUUCCAAAGUGGGAUUUUGAGGAUGUUUAUAACCAGGAUGGCCGUCCUGGACAGAGAACCUGUCCCCAGUCUCUGCGAAACUCAAAGGAUGAGAGCUUCAAGAAGGUUUUUCUUCCCAACAUACGUUUGUUUCUGCACAAAGACAACAUCAACAUGAGCGAAUGGAACCGACUUUCACAUUUUAACAAUCCUUUUGGUUUUAUGGAGUACGAGUACGACGAUGUGAUGACUUCAGUGAAGCUGAUUCCAAAGCCAACAGAGCCUCUGCUCCUUCCAAAACCAGGAGGUGAUGGCUGUGUGCGCUGUGCCGUGGUGGGUACCGCAGGAAUCCUCAAUGCAUCCAAAGCUGGUGCAGAGAUCAACUCUCAUGAUUAUGUUUUCCGGAUGAACGGGGCCUUGACCAAGGGUUUUGAGGAGGACGUAGGAAACAGAACAGAUGUGUACGUUCACACGGCCCACUCCAUCACCGCAUCGCUAUACUUGUUGGAGAAGUACGGCUACACGGGUGCCCCUCAUGAUGAGGGGAUAAAGUACGUCAUGAUUCUUGAAGGAUUGAAAGACUACCAGUGGCUGGAGGGUCUUCUGAAAGGAGAAAGUGUCCGUGCCGGCCCGUACCACAAAACAGAGCCAAGACCAUACUACUCAGGGCAGUACAAUGAGAGCCGCUUCUACGUUCUGCACCAAGACUUCCUCCGAUACGUACGAAACAGGUUCCUGUUGUCUCGUACUCUGAAUGCUUCAUACUGGUGGAAAGUCAGACCAACCAAUGGGGCUUUCACUCUUUUUCUGGCUCUGCACACCUGUGACAUAGUGAAUGCAUACGGGUUCAUGACGGAAGACCACAGCAAAUACUCCAACUACUACUAUCAGAAGUACAUUAAAACCAAGGUCAUUUUCGGCAGAAUCCAUGACUAUAUUCUGGAGAAGAAUGUGUGGAAAAGUCUUCACGACAGGAAAAUACUUAAGCUAUAUCAGAAAUCUGAAUCAGGGACAGAAAAGCCGAAGCAACAUUAAUACAUCAAGAAUGGCAGCAAUGGAAUCCAGAAGUUAGGUCGUGUUUUCUUUGUUAACAUAUGUUAAGACAAAGCGAGGCUGUCACAUCACAUAUGGCAAAUUGUGUGGUUAUAGGGGUUGUGUUUUGUUUUGUUUUGUUUUUGCCUGUUCGUGGUUUGGUUUGUGACCUGUUCUGGCAGGAAGUUGAAGUAGCUUCCAAAGCAAAAGCAAAUUAGGAAAAACAUCAUAAAAAAAAAAAAAAAAAUAGACAAAGCACUAGACAUCUUUGCCCCAGAACCAGUUUGUAUGUCAAGUUGUGAAGUGAAAAUAUAAUAACAGACCAGAUGUGAGGAAGUGGGAAAUGCAUGGCACUUUCUGAGUGUACACCUGGAUGUAUAUCAUUGUGUUGCACUUUCUGAGAGAAAUGCUGCCUAGUCAAUUUUAUUUGUCGGUCUUUUUGCCUUGCUGAUCCUUACUUGUUUAUUUUUGUUUGUGCCCCAGGCAAUGAUGUUUGUAUGCUAUUUAUAAGUAUUGGUGCCUGUCUUUAGGUUUUAGGUUUAGGUUAGGUGUCGUUGUAAGGGGGCGUUCAUGGGUCAAGUGGAAUUUUUAUAUGGUUUAUGAAGUACUGAAAUUGUGCCAAAAGGUAUGUGCCAAACUGAGGUUCCUGUUGUUCGUUCAAGUUAUUGGUACAUUUUUGUUUGUGGGUUUUCUAAUAUUUUUAUUUUUUUUUGGAACGUGUCAUUUUACCAACACCCAUAACUUUGAGUGUGGUUUAUAAAUAAAGAACGCAAACUCUUUAAUCAUCGUAGCCGUUGAAUAGAACUGUCUACAUCUUGCCUUUUUAUGGAAGUGGUUUUCACUUUUCAAGUGUUAUACACAUUUACCUCCUCUUUGUCUCAUCGUCAUUCACAUGAAAUAACAAAGAAAUGUAUCAAAGAUAAUAAUACUCUUUAGAAAUAAGGUGCAUUGUUGUGAAGGAGAGAUUAUUAUUUAUAUGAGAUUAUUAUUUAUUAUUAUACAUUACUUUUUUUUCUGGUUUCUGAUUGAUGAGUUGGUUGGCUUUUAUGUUUGAAGUAAUAUGGUUAUAUGGCUAUAUGCAUGGUUGUUGUAAGACUGGUAAUAUUUGCAAUCAAGACGUUGAAGGAAUUUAAUAAAGAUGUUUUUGAAGACCA